CAGAGGAUUGAGGCACAAAGGUGGAAGACCCCUCAACACUGGAGCAGCUCUCCAGUACUUGAGGGAUAAUGUCUUCACGGCCUCUGCUGGAAGCAGGCUCCAGGAAGGAGUCCCACAGGUCCUAGUUUUGAUAAGUGGUGGAAGGUCUUUUGACAGUGUUGAUGCACCAGCCUCUGCUCUCAAAGAGCUGGGUGUCUUGACCUUUGCAAUUGGAACCAGGAGUGCUGAUAGCAAAGAACUGCAGAAGAUAUCCCACGACCCCAGCUAUGCACUAACUGUGUCUGAAUUCACUGACCUUCCCAAUGUCCAACAACAACUUCAGUCCUCCGUGGAGGCUGUGGUUAUCGAGGUCUCCCCAGAAUCACCACCUGUUCCUGUCGAUACUGCCAAAAAGGAUAUCGUUUUCCUCCUGGAUGGUUCUGAUGGCACACGGAAUGGCUUCCCUGCCAUGCUUGAUUUUGUUAAGAGAGUGGUGGAGAAAUUGAAUGUAGGACCUAACAAUGACCGUGUCUCUGUGGUCCAAUACAGCAGAGAUGCAGAGAUCCAUUUCUAUCUGAACACAUACACCACAAGACAGGAUAUUUUGGAUACAGUCAGAGGGCUGAGACAUAGAGGAGGCAGACCCCUCAACACCGGGGCGGCCCUCCAAUACGUCAGGGACAACGCCUUUACAAACUCCUCCGGGAGCAGGCGCCUGCAAGGUGUUCCACAAAUGUUGAUCCUGCUAAAUGGUGGAAGGUCUUUUGACAAUGUAGAUACCCCAGCCUCUGCUCUCAAACAGCAGGGUGUCUAUGUGAUAGGCAUUGGCACAAGGAACUCUGACACUAGGGAGCUGCAGAAGAUAUCAUAUGACCCUAGUUCUGCUCUAUCAGUGUCUGAUUUCACUGACCUCCCCAGUGCCCAGGAACAGCUCUCCUCUGUAAUGAACACAGUGCUAACCAGGGCCACGCCCAUCACACCAACAAAAGCUGGUAAGAAAGUGACAGAUUUUUAUUUUCCAAGGUCAUGGUAGGAUGCAAAUUGAACAGUAUGACAGUGUAUUUAUUGUAGCUGAGGCAAGCCAGCAGCACUCUGAGAAUACAUUUGUUCCAGAUUAUACAGAGUACAUUGUUAAAUUCCAGGUUAGCUUUGGUCAUCUGACUUUCACAUGGAAAACAUUUGACACAUGAACCUGAACAUGUCUGACAUUUUUUAUUCCCUAGUGGAGAGACAGCCAGCAGGAAAAGAUAUUGUGUUCUUGUUGGAUGGAUCUGAUGGUACUAGAACUGGCUUCCCAGCUGUGAAAGACUUUGUCCAAAGAGUUGUAGAGACACUCAGUGUGGAUGACAACAAAGACCGUGUCUCAGUGGUUCAGUACAGCAAAGAGCCAGCUGCCCAAUUCUAUCUGAACACGUACACCACAAAAGGCGACAUCCUUGACACUGUCAGAGGAUUGAGGCACAAAGGUGGAAGACCCCUCAACACUGGAGCAGCUCUCCAGUACUUGAGGGAUAAUGUCUUCACGGCCUCUGCUGGAAGCAGGCUCCAGGAAGGAGUCCCACAGGUCCUAGUUUUGAUAAGUGGUGGAAGGUCUUUUGACAGUGUUGAUGCACCAGCCUCUGCUCUCAAAGAGCUGGGUGUCUUGACCUUUGCAAUUGGAACCAGGAGUGCUGAUAGCAAAGAACUGCAGAAGAUAUCCCACGACCCCAGCUAUGCACUAACUGUGUCUGAAUUCACUGACCUUCCCAAUGUCCAACAACAACUUCAGUCCUCCGUGGAGGCUGUGGUUAUCGAGGUCUCCCCAGAAUCACCACCUGUUCCUGUCGAUACUGCCAAAAAGGAUAUCGUUUUCCUCCUGGAUGGUUCUGAUGGCACACGGAAUGGCUUCCCUGCCAUGCUUGAUUUGUUAAGAGAGUGUGGAGAAAUGAAU